AGGCCUCACUGACAUCGAAGACAUGAACGUCUGUAUAUACGUAAUCGUCGCAGUCACCAACAUAUCGAGUAGAGGCAUCUUAGCGGCACCAACGAAUGACGUAAGCGAAAACUGCGACCCCAAAACAACAUCGAGCAGGAUCGAAGAACGGGCGCUGUGCACGUACACCAGGACUGUCGACAAGGACCAAGCUCGCCUUCCUCCCGAGAUCCCCACGGUGCGUUGCAACUGCCUGGAUUCGCUCUGCGGAAACGUGGGGGACUUCCGGUGUCACGAGGUGACGGAGAUGUAUCCCGUCUACUACCCGGAGCAGCGUCGCAACGUAAGCAUCGAGGUGACGACGGCGUGCAUAUGCGUGGCAAGUCGAAGCAAACCAGCAUCGCCGUCUCUGACCAGGAUCCUCAUGGACGUAGGCAAUGAUCUCCUCGCUUGAAAUGGAUGGCGUGUAAGCCCAGUGUAUACUGCUCAGUGGUGCCAUG